GGAGAGGUGCCCUGGGUAAGACUGCAGUGAGCUGCCCUGGGUGUGGUUGCUGCAGAUCAGGGAGGGCAGGUCUGGCUGACGGGAAGCCCAGCCUGGAAGGGCCCCUCCUCCUCCUCCAGCCUUCCUCCCUCUCCUCUAACAGCCAUCACAGCUCCCGAACCCUGUGCACAGCGGCUGAUACUUUGUAUCCGGCAGAGGAAUGGCUGCAGCACUCAAGGAGAGGUUCGAGAACUUCCUGCAUGAGAAGAAUUUCUUCACCGACCUCCUGGCCAAGAUCGAAGCCAAGACUGGGGUGAACAGGCGCUACCUGGCAUUGGGUGAGACCAGACCCAGAUCGGCAGGGCAGGGGUUAAUUACCAGACAGCUGCUAGACCGGCAGGGCACGGGUUAAUUACCAGACAGCUGCUAGAUCGGCAGGGCAGGGGUUAAUUACCAGACAGCUGCUAGACCGGCAGGGCAGGGGUUAAUUACCAGACAGCUGCUAGAUCGGCAGUGCAGGGGUUAAUUACCAGACAGCUGCUAGACCGGCAGGGCAGGGGUUAAUUACCAGACAGUUGCUAGACCGACAGUGCAGGGGUUAAUCACCAGACAGCUGCUAGAUCGGCAGGGCAGGGGUUAAUUACCAGCCAGCUGCUAGACCGGCAGGGCAGGGGUUAAUUACCAGCCAGCUGCUAGACCGGCAGGGCAGGGGUUAAUUACCAGCCCGCUGCUAGACCGGCAGGGCAGGGGUUAAUUACCAGCCAGCUGCUAGACAGGCAGGGGUUAAUUACCAGACAGCUGCUAGACUGGCAGGGGUUAAUUACCAGACAGCUGCUAGACCGGCAGGGGUUAAUUACCAGACAGCUGCUAGAUCGGCCGGGCAGGGGUUAAUUACAGACAGCUGCUAGACCGGCAGGGCAGGGGUUAAUUACCAGACAGCUGCUAGACCGGCCGGGCAGGGGUUAAUUACCAGACAGCUGCUAGACGGGCGGUGCAGGGGUUAAUUACCAGACAGCUGCUAGACGGGCGGUGCAGGGGUUAAUUACCAGACAGCUGCUAGACCGGCAGGGCAGGAGUUAAUUACCAGACAGCUGCUAGACCAUACCCUUAAUAUACAGUUAGCCAGUGUUACAGGAUGAGUAUUGCUUUAUUCGUUUUAUCUUUAAUUCUGCAAGUUAAUUUUUAAUAUUGAUCCCAUUUUACAGCAAAUAAAUCCAGAUAUGAUUAACCUUAACGUGACAUCUAGCUUGAGCAGUUUGAAGACUUAAUGUAUCCUUGGAAUGAACAGCUAGCUCCAGCAGGUUAAAGGGUUAAUAUGGCCCUGCCAGAUAUCUCUGAUACUGAACCAGGUUAAUGUGGCCCUGCCAGGUAUCUCUGGCACUGACCAGGUUAAUGUGGCCCUGCCAGGUAUCUCUGGCACUGACCAGGUUAAUGUGGCCCUGCCAGGUAUCUCUGGCACUGACCAGGUUAAUGUGGCCCUGCAAGGUAUCUCUGGCACUGACCAGGUUAAUGUGGCCCUGCCAGGUAUCUCUGGCACUGACCAGGUUAAUGUGGCCCUGCCAGGUAUCUCUGGCACUGACCAGGUUAAUGUGGCCCUGCCAGGUAUCUCUGGCACUGAACAGGUUAAUGUGGCCCUGCCAGGUAUCUCUGGCACUGAACAGGUUAAUGUGGCCCUGCCAGGUAUCUCUGUAACAGGAUGUGUGCUUGCUGCACAUGUAACAAAGGACUUUAAUGAUGCAGUUCUGGGAUGUGCUGGGCACAUGUCACAUAUGGCAGAUGCAGUAUGUGCUCCCCAGCUAGAAUGGAGGGUUAUGUCCAGCUCUGUCAUGUUAUGUAAUGGACGGUACUGGCUGGGAAGGCCUUGCUAACAGGGGUGAGGCGCAGCUAAUCUAUUAAUAGCCCGUAUCCUUUUCACAUAUCCCAAUGACUGGCACAUUAAUACUCAGAGGGCAAUGCUGGCUUGACAAUCGAAUGGGGACAAUUCAGGUAGGUAGGCCCACACCGCUGCUUUAUUGAAUGGGCUCCACCACCCCCCUCCCAAACAUGUGUAACUGUUUGGUUUUAUAUAAUAUUUUAUACAGCUCCUAUAUUACGGCGAGAAACGAGUGUACGCAAUUUAUGGUCUAAAACGAUGGAAAAUGUUCUUCUUCUGGGAACUGGUUGGUGGACAUUGGGGGGACAACACCCAAAUAAUUUGUAUAAUCUGAGUGUGAAUAAUGGAUCUCAUUGUUAUACAGUGUUUUACUCGCACUCUCCCAAUACAUCCUUUGAUUGCUCUAAUUAUGUAGGAUGGCUUGUAAAAAUCUUUGACAGUCUUAUUUGAAAAUAUCUUUAAUUAUGGUUCACCUAAGGGCAUGGUGUGCUCAAAUACAGGUUUGUUCUCUAAGCCAGGGGGUUGCAAAUUUUAACCCAGGCACAAAUGGGGCGUCAUACUUCACUCUUUAACUCCUUAAGGAUCAGACUUCUGGAAUAAAAGGGAAUCAUGACAUGUCACACAUGUGUCCUUAAGGGGUUAAAUACAUGCAAAUUAAAUAAGCAAAACAAAUUAGCUUGACGCAGCUUUCAUCUCUUUGUCUCUGACAACAGCUGGGAGAAGCGUGUGUGACUGUUAUAAAGGAAUUAACCAGUUUGUGUCUGUGAAAUUAGGGAUAGAAGUGAUCAGUGCUCUUUCAAACCCUUUGUCUAUUAGAAACGCCAUGUAGUAGAUGUGUAGCAUGGCGCUGCCAGUAAUGCUGUAUUUUGCUAAUAUAGCAUAUGGUACAUAUUGUGUCAGACUGCGGUCCAGCGCAUUUAUUAAAUGUUGCAAGUAUCCCAAAUUUGAUCAGUGGAUAAUAUAUAGUCUGCUAGGUAUCAUGGGAACUGUAGUUCAAAUGGAGACACUUUGGAGUGAGCUUGUAGAAUUGUUCCCUUUUUGUCUUUUGUUUUAAUGUUCCCCACAUUUGCUAACGUGGUAUAAUUUGUUUAACCAGGGGUGGCCUGGAACAGACUGGAAGGGUGCAGCGAGUGUGUGAGUGAGACACCUGCUGCAGGCUGUCUGUAAUUAAUUACCUGCCGUCAUUGCUCCCUGUGUUCGUUUCUGUAGCCGAACAGGUGUCUCUUCGAGAAGGGAGAAGAUAAUUCUUUGCUGUAUCUAGAGGGGAUAGAACUGACCCCAGGCUAUCCUGUAAUGAUCUAUUCUGCACCUCUCGAUUUUUAUUUUAUUUAUUUAAUUUAUUUUUUUUAAUUUUCUUUUCUUUUUGCACAUGUGUGAUUAAGCCUCAAGUCCCUGUUAUAAUCACUUGUACCUAUGACUGGGCCCUGAGUCCCCUGUGAUCUCUUGUGUACCCGUGAUCAGGCUCUGUGUACUUGUGAUGAUCUGUUGUGUACCAGUGACCAGGCCCUGUGUCCCCUGUGAUGAUCUGUUGUGUACCAAUGACCGGGCCCUGUGUCCCCUGUGAUGAUCUGUUGUGUACCAAUGACCGGGCCCUGUGUCCCCUGUGAUGAUCUGUUGUGUACCAAUGACCGGGCCCUUUGUCCCCUGUGAUGAUCUGUUGUGUACCAGUGAUUGGGCCCUAUGUCCCCUGUGAUGAUCUUUGUGUACCAGUGACCACCAGGCCCUGUGUCCCCUGUGAUCUGUUGUGUACCAGUGACUGGGCCCUGUGUCCCGUGUGACGAUCUUGUGUGUACCAGUGACCGGGCCCUGUGUCUGUGAUGAUCCUUGUGAUGAUCUGGUGUGUACCAAUGACCGGGCCCUGUGUCCCCUGUGAUGAUCUUUGUGUACAUGUGAUCGGGUCACUAAUUCCUCGUGAAGUGCUGAUUCCCUUGUAUAAGCCUUGGUUACGUUUCAGUAAGGAAUAAAGACGGUUAUGACCUCCUGGGGUCUUUACUCACCACACUGUGGAAUGUCAUGCGUGGACCGGAAAUAACCCUUCUACUGCACCCAAUGAAUAUGAAUUAAAAGUGAAUUUAUAAUUUUAGGUAAAGCCCCCGCCAAUCUCCCUGCUCAAUGUCUUCAAUGUGACUUUUACAUGUUAAUAUUCCAGACCCGAGAUAAUACAAGGGCCGAGAAACAGGCAUUAAAGGCUGUGUGGUUCAUGACCCCUGGGGCAAUGUCGCUUUCCCAAUGAGACCCCUCUCAUACCAGGGAUAGUCCAAUGUCAGGGUUUUAUUCGAUUACAAAUGUAAAAUGUCAGUUUUAUAGGUAUUCUUUUAAUGUUUUUUAACAAAUUAUCCCCAAGCGGUUUCCGUGCCCCAGAUAAAAUGAAAAGUUAAGUCACACUGUAUGGCAAUGUCUGACUGUCUAGACGUGAUCGUUCAGAAUGCUUUUUGUUUCUUUUCGGGAUUCUAUUAAAAAUCCUGACAUUUUCUCUCUACUGUGAUUGGCCAGUGCAUAUUUCCCUAAAGCCCCGCAGUUGCUGGGCUAUGUAGUUAUUAUACUGGGGGGAUCCUGUAUUUGGGUGCCCGGCAGUUCACUCAGACAUCACAGGACAGCUGAGGCUGUGUUUAGGAAGGGGUGGAAUGUACAUUUGUAGGAGGAGAGAAAGGGAGGAGAUCCUGGCAGCUAAAUAGUUGACGUGCACCAUAGGCAAGCCCAACAGAUUGCAGGAUGUUCCGGUUCCUUGCAGCAGGUAUGGAGCUCAAUCAGAACAUCUUAAUCCAUAGCAGAACCCAACACUUACCAUGAACACCACACUGAGACACAGUACCAGCCUGGCAUGGUUGCCGGGCCAUGCAAAGCAAAGACUGGCAUGGUGCCCAUGUUAAGCAAAAAUGUGUAACACAAAAAUGUAAAAUGCAGAUGUCUUGCUAAUUGGGUUAUGGACGAGGAGCCCUUAGUUAAUUGUUGGAACUCUCUGGAUAUUCCAGUUAUUGCUAUUGAACAUAUGGUCUUGGUUUGUGUGUGUUUAAGGUCCUUGCAUUGUUACUCUGUUACUGUAUCAUUACUUCCUCCAUUUAUAACAAUAAAACCUUCUUUUCUUCCUACCAGCGAUUGUUGGCAUUGUUGCCGUUUACCUGGUGUUCGGAUAUGGGGCAUCUCUACUUUGCAACUUAAUUGGAUUUGCUUACCCUGCCUAUAUCUCGUAAGUCAUCCUUUUGCUAUAUAUUUACUUGUUUGUGCAUUGUGGAGGCGCGCUUGAUUAAUAUCUACGUGUGUUUUAUGCCAUUGUUUUAUGACUGUUUAUCUUGAUCAUGUUAUGAGACAUUUCCAUGCUGGGGAGCCACGAAGAGUUAAACUUGUUUGCCUGUACAAUGAUUCCUUGUAAAACCUGUCUGCUUUCAGAAAUAUGUUUAAAUAGCUUAGAAAGGUGUGUGUGUGUGUGUGUGUGUGUGUGUGUGUAUCACAUUUUGCUAAUUUAAAGUGCACAUCUAUCUUGGUUCUAACAAUAAAACCUCCUCCUACAUCAAAAUGACAUUAAAAAGACACUUAUUUCCCCCCCCCCCCAUUUUAAUAUAAAACUUUUUGUAAACUGUUAAACUUUUUACAGUUCAAUAAAGUAAUCAGCUCUUAAUAUUGAAUUGUUUUGUGCGUAGUGUUCGUUUAAUAUGUGCAUGACUUACAUGCUGCCUGAUCGUUACACUUCAAUGUAAACUCCAGGCAUGAUCUGACAUAAAUAGGGGGAGGGCUUGGUUAUUUUUAUGAAUACAUAUGUACAUAGAGCAAAUAAAGGGUUUGAAUCUUAUUCUGUAAAGUCUGUGACAACUUCCAGCCAAUCCUGGUCUUCUCUUUACUUUCAAUGAGAAUCAUGACAUUUUUGUGUGCUGGGACAGAUCUCCUUGUACCAAAACCACUGCAACUGCAUUGCAUAGGAGGGUCGCUCCCAAUUCUAUUUUAGAUUUUAAUAUGGAGGCCCUUUUCAAAAACCUUUAUUCUUGCUUGCUUGCUGUCCGUAUCCUCACAGGACACUCCCGGUUUUAAAUACACAGCAAAGUGAUUUGUUUGCGGAAUUCUUUCAUGUGUGUGUCAGUUUGAAAUUUCUAUUUAAAAAAAAAAAUAAUGUUUUUAACCCUGUGUUCUAUUCCAGAACUUGCGUUAUCCCAGUGAGUUCAAAUACAGAUUAUUUGUAAUGAAUUUGAAAAUGCCACGAGUAUUUAAAAAAAAAAAAAAUUAAAAAAAAAAUUUGAUAAUGAAUCCACAAUUGACACUUCAGUAAAUAAACCUUGAAUAUUUCAGUUAAAUUCUGAAUGGUUUUAUUUACCGUCUCGAUCCCUUAGGCAGACAGAAUGUGACUGUCAUCGCAGAUUAUAUUUCAUAUUUGGGGUAAGGUGGGGAUAACCUCGCUAUGUAUAUGUUUACCAGACUCCAAAUGGUACACAGUGUUACAGAGAAGUGGUAAACAGUGGGAACAUAUGUCCCGUGAUUACGUAAUUUUAAUUUAGGAUGUCUCAGGGCAGCCAUCAAGGUUUUCAUAAAUAAAAUCCCAUGCACUCCAAAAUUGAACAGACGUAUCCCCUGAUGCAAGACAAUAUCCCUAUCUAUUCUAUAAGAAAACGUCGGUGGUCCUGGUGAGUACCUAGGCAUAACAUUUUAUACUUUAAUUUUAAAGAUGGCUGCAAGUUGAUGUUUUUGCUGUUAAACCAUUGUUCCCUGCAGUCCCCAUUCUUCUCCUUUGAGAAGAUAAAGAAUAGGGAUUAUGGAAAGCGCUCUCUCUGCCAGGUGUUUGAGAGAGGUCCUCUGCUUUCUCUAAUAUGAGUAGUGUCAUAGGUUACUACCCUGUCUCACAGCUAUAGAGGGUCUUUAACUUGCCCUAGACCACUGUUCUCAUCAUCCUCAGACAGAGAGCCUUGAUUCCCGAUGGUGACUGCUCCGUUGACAGUGCAGUGGCCGUGAUUCCAGUGAAAGGUAAGUUAUACUUACUUAAACCUGUUUCUCGUGGCCACUGCCAUGUUCUUGGUUCCAGUCCUAUUCAGCUCAUAGUGAGUCAGCUGCCACACAUGCGCAAGAAUAAAAGACUGAUGUCUAUAGAGGAUGCCGCAGCGUUUACAGAGGCUUUUUCCCUUCAGUUGUCUCUCAGCCCUUCUAAAAUAUUCAUUUUGGACAGGGGUGGUGGUUUACAGUGCACAUUAAAGGGAUAUUCCACGGCUCAAACAUAAAAACAUAAACAUUGCUACUUAGUAGCUAUAUCGCAAUUCAAAACAUGCAUUUUAAUUGUGCACUUCUUUUCAUUCGUGGUAUAUCUAAAACAGCUUGCACAAGCAGAGCAUCUUUUGUCUGCCGCCUGUACUAGCACUGCCUUUGUUCCCCAGACUUUCUGUGGCUGUCCAAUCACAGACUUCCUAAUGCAGCUCAGUGAGAAGUCUUUGCAAGGCAGGUGCUUCUGAAUGCGUAGACCGCAGUCCACACAGGUGUUCAUCUGCCCCAGAUUUCCAAAUGUAUGUCUCUCUGCGUCUCUAACAGAAGCUCAGACUUUUUGAGAUGUAACAGUCUGAGCAAUAAAACUCACAAUAACUGAUCAUUAAAGGGACACUCCAUAGUUCCAACUUUAUCAAUCACUAUUUAGCAGAUAUACCCUGAUAAAAACAAGCGUGCUUUAUGCACUUUCAUUGGCGUUCUAUCUUGACUCGGAUUGUAAAAGCUGCAGAUCUCUUGUCUGCAUCUUUUGCAAGCCCUUCUCUUUUAUCACCAGCCGAGACUUUCCGUCUGUGACGGACAAUGCUCCAGCCAGAGCCUUUGAAAUCUGCACUUUUAUAAAGUGUUACGUCACAAUGUGACUGGCUCCAGACACACAAAGCAAUUCAGCAAUCUGCAUGUGGUGUGUUCAUUUAAUAGAUGGAGAAAAAACAAAUUAUUGAUGCCUGAGACAGCCUUGUGCUUGCUGGUUAUCAGAUGUUUGUGUUCAAAGCAGGUCCUGGGGUAUAGCAGGCCAGAGAGACUUAUUCUGGCAAUCUUAUCGAAAUUUAAUGAAUUUUAAAAUCAUUGUCUCCUUAGUGGGAAACGCCAACCUUUUCAUAUGUCUGUGUGUGUAUUUGCUGUUUAGUACAGAGAGGCUUUGUGAUGUCAGCCAAGGAAGUGUAAAUCCUGUGUAAUUACUUUGUGUGUUAUUGAACUUUUUUUUUGGCAGAAAAAUAGUCAUGUGAGCAGCAGGCACGAAAAUAUCUUUUAAGACGAACAAAUCCAGAAAGAAAUGUUUCUUCCUGUUUUUGUUUUUUUGUGUCAUAAUUAAAUAGUAUGUUACCUCUAUCUGUUGAGCAGGGCUAAAGACUUUGAUUGCACUUUAGAAACGUGGGAAGGGACUUCUGGAUUGCACAAUAUUUUACUCGGUAAAUGUAUUUAUUUAUUGCAGAAUGCUGUGCCAGAUAUCACAUUAUAAUAACCCAUUUUUGUUACAUGAAAGGAGACCUUGCAGUGGAGGAAAAGAGAAAUGACUCUGCCAUCUCUCCAGGUUAUUCAAUAUAUUCUAGCCUUCAGAUUUUUAUAUUAACACCGUAACUCUCUCUAAUUUCUCACUUCCAGUGCUGUUACUCAGCCCCUAACUCUGAACCUCUCUGUAACCCCUCUUUUAUAUACCUUGAACGUGUGAAUGCAGGUUCCCGAGAGAUACCUGUAGUAUUAUUAUUAUUUAUAUAGCACCAGCAAAUUCCAUAGCGCUGUACAAUGGGUGAGACUCUGAAAUGUGGCUGCACAGUGUUUAUUUAAACUGCUUGCUGAGCGCUUGGCGAGGAGAAGAGAAUCAUUGUAAAUAAUAGAUGUCUCCCAGUCGGUGUGUUAGGCUGACCUAGAAAAACAAGGCAGCUCUAUUCUUAUUGAAGCACACAGCACAUCUGUCUGUAGACCGUAAUAGGGAACAGACUGCGAUCAGCAAAAACUGCGACAACAGUCAUGUUUAUAGAUCGUAAGGACAAUGUUACCAUAACCACUACAGCCCGGUGUAUAACAGCUCACUGUAGUGGCUAUGUUGCCCGGAGCCUUUGGGCUCAAUAGAUCAAUGGAGAGCAGCAGACUCUGGGUGCUGUAGAGAGCCUGUUUUUAUGAAAAAAAAAUUUAUUUUAUUUUGUAGCAGUAAUGGUUAAAUUAGUUUGUCAAAAAGUGUUACUGAAACGGAUAGUGAGGGAUUUCACAAAUCCUGUAAUUGUGAGUAAUUCUAAAUACAUGGUUUGCAGGCUCACUAAAUAUUUACAACCUCGUAAUGUACAGGUACUGAAUUCCGUAUAUGGAGGCUACGUUUGUCGAUGUUUGCCUUUUCCUGUUGUCAUUUGAUGAGUAAUACGCUAAUGGAUGGCAGCUCUGGGGAUUUGUACUCUCUGCAAAGCCGGUUUCACAUUACGUGGAUAAUUCCCUCCUGACAGACAACGACGAUGAUGUAAUAUUAUUGCAGCCAUUUUCAUGGAUUUUAUAUAUAUUGUUUCCCAUACUUGUUUUCCUGGCACUAUAGUUCCCUGAUGGUGCCCCCACUCUCAGGGUUCCCCUCCCGCCGGGCUCUGGGGAGAGGAAGGGGUUAAACACUUACCUUUCUCCAGCGCCGGCGGGGAGCUCACCUCCUCUUCGGCUGAAACUGCUAUGUUUAUAAAAAAAAUGUGUUAACCCUAGCUGGACUUGGCACCCAGACCACUUCAUUAAGCUGAAGUGGUCUGGGUGCCUAGAGUGGUCCUUUAAGCCAUUUUUCUUUACACAUUCCUAAUUAUCCACACUCCCUGUUUAUAUCAGACAUGCAUAAGCAAAACUAUUCUCACUCCACUCCAUGACACAUUAUGCGCACUCCAGGCAUCUCCUGGGAAAUGUUAUGAGAGUAUGUGCUCUGGGUAGUCCUCUCACGUACGCCGGCAUCGUGAGGGGUACCAGAACCCCACAUGGGGAAGUCAUUCCCCUGAACUGUAGGUUAGACACAACCACUUUAGACCGGUUUGAUUCCUUACUUGGGGUCUGUUGGGUGCGGUUCCCUGCCUCCAGCCUGAAGGGUCUUCUGUUUGACCUCCUGAGGUAAGCCCUGCAGAAAAGGGCCAGCUGAUUGGCCUGCUGACUGUUCUCCGCCAAUGAUGUAAGCCCUAAAAUGGUUUGACUAUUUACUGUGGGAGAAGGGGGUACUCCUGACACCACAAUCACUAGAGCACACUCGAGUAGGUAUGGUGCUUGGUGUGUUUAUUUAAAGGAACAUUUCCGUUACCCAGACCACGUUCUCUCAAUGGAACGGUCUGGGUGCAGUGCUGCUGUCCUCUUAACUGUGCAAUGCAGUGUUUGAGCGGGUUAAGUCCUGAUCUAGUGAAUGUCAGUAUAACCGUCAGUAGAGGCACUUCUGUGUCAUGUGACUACGUUUUACUCUGCCAGUGCAGCAGGAGACCUAUAGGAAUGUAUUAAUCCAGUGCUUCCCUCAGUUUGAACAUGCGUAUGGCAAUCACCUGUGCGCGCAUGCGUAAUAGGUCCAAAAUGCUCCUCUGUGAGAAUGGGAUUAGACCACGCCAGAGGAGUGACGUGACGUGACUUUGUGGGAGGUGGAGAGGUGAGCAGAUUCUUUUUAUUUUUUUUCUCAUAUUUAUGGCAAACUGAGCUUUUUUUGUGUAUAAUAAGUAAAGCUUAAUGUGCAUCCAGACAUUCAAGCAGUCCUAACAGUUGCAUUAAGAGAAUAAUAAAAUGGGCUUGGCAGCUGUAGGCACAAAAGUAUCAGAGCUAAUAUGUUAAAAAAUAAAAUACUGUAGACUUGUUUGUUUGAUAUAUUGACACAAUUUAACAUAUUAUUCAGCGCCUGCUGAAUAAAAACCAUUUGACUGAGAAAAUCCGAUUCGUGAGCUGCUUGACACGGCUUUUGUUGUUUUACGGCUUUACUUGUUACCAUGGAAACUUCUACCUACUGGAGUCAGUAAAACAGAGGCUGUGUGUGGGCAAAGUGUUGUUUAGUCAUGAUGGCAUAUGUUGUACGGCUCUAGAGCUACAUUACCCAUGAUGCUUUGCCUGCGUGGGGCUGCCUGAGGUGGGUGAGAAUGAUGUUAAAAGCCACACGGUCACCUUCUGGGGAUUUUGAUUUCGCAAAGUCCCCCCCCCCCAACUGUGACAUCGUCAUUGGGUGUCCGGUGGCUAGUGGGAGGAGGGCCAAAGGCACCAACAUCCUCCUCUGUCUGCUCCUGUGUUGGAGCAGCCGUCGCUUCGGUACUCGUAGGUCGCGAGACCGUGUUAUCCUCCAUAGACACCGUCAAUUCCCUGCAGCUGUCACUGGUGGUUGCCUUUUAGAGUGCACCGCGAGUCAGAGGAGAAAUACAGAGACGGGGCUGUCUGUCUUGCCACAUAUGUCAAAUCUUUCCCAAAUAGGCAAAAAAAGUGCCCACACAUUAUUUGCACCAUAACCACUACCCUGAGCUUUGGUGGCUAUGGUAUUUGAUGUCCUUUUUAAUAGAGUUCUUAAAGGGUCCGUCCAGGUAGCAGUUGCCCCUCGUAUCUUCGGUUUACUGCAUUGUGGAGAUAACUGUAGUAUGUAGCCAUGGGUUUGGUAACAGGAGACGGGUCCCCCGUGCACCGUAACUUUGGAAAGGAUCGGCUGGUCAGUGACAUCUACAUCUAGUUUCAAUAGAGCUCAAUGCUGGAAAAUGAGGAUAUGCAGCAAAUGCAUAAACCUCAAAGGUGUUUGUGUAUCUUUAAUUUUUUUACUUUUAAUGUGGCGGGGGUUAUCCCGGUCCUCGCUGUCCUACACAGUAAAUCUGUGAGCUCUGCAACACACCUGAUAUGAGGCCUGGCUACAUGAGAUGGUCGCACAUGUUCCGGCUCUGUAGGGCCUGGCACCACACCAGCUACACCCGAAUCACUCACCUAUCAAAUUCAUGGCUACACUGGAUGCUAUCUUCAAGCUGUUCUGGGCGAAGCUGGAGGCCUGCUCGAGAAUGGUGGCACCAGAUGCUCUGUCUGCAAGGGUGGUUCAGAGGAGCUGAGGAGGCCCCUGCUGGGCAAAGUGGUUUCCAAGGCUGCAGCAACUGAUCGAACAUGACCUCCUGGGCUGGUAGCCAUUAUGGGUACACCUCCAGCACACCAUCCUCGCAGGUGGUUGCAUCAAGGAUGCAGACAGAGGGCCUUUCGCUGUUACCUACAAAGGAAGAACCUGGACACUAUGAGACCAGUCAUGUAGGGAAAACAAUAUAAGUUUGAUGCCCACUGGCAGUCCCACAGCAUUUAGCUGAGGCUGCAGCUUCACUCCAGGCUAACAUCUCAGGCCUCCAGGGUGGGCAUCGGCUGACUGAGGCGAACUGCCACAGGGACUUUUAUUACUCACCACUGACAUAAAGCAUGGUCUGUGAUUAAUAUCUCCGAUUUUUAUUUUUUAUUUUUUAUUAUUUAGUGUUUUUGUGCCCCUCAGAUUUUACUUAGCCAGAUUUGCCCAUGCGGAAUCCUUCCUUUGGUGACCAUACCAGCCUAUCUAGCAGACCUUCCUUUUGUUGCUGUAGAUAUAUCUUCGCUUGUGAUAGGCAUGUUUGUUUAGCCGUUAAUUUAAAUUCUGUUCUUUUCAUAUGCUCUUAAAACGAGAAUAGUACCCAGCGGCUGCUAAGCUACAGAAUUAACUAUAGUUUAGAAUGUUAGACUAUUUUCUUUUCUUUGUCACUCUACUCUUAAAUUGUUCUUAUCUCCCACUCAUUAUCUGACAUAACUUGUUUCUGCCUGUUUAUUUAAAAAAAAAAAAACACCUAUCACAUGCCACAGUACUCUGCCUCUUGAAUUUUUCCUGUUGUGGCAUAGCAAGCUCGUCUGUAGAAACAUAGAAUGUGACGGCAGAUAAGAACCAUUCGGUCCAUCUAGUCUGACCAAUUUUCUAAAUACUCUCAUUAGUCCCUGGCCUUAUCUUAUAGUUAGGACAGCCUUAUGCCUAUCCCACGCAUGCUUAAACUCCUUUACUGUGUUAACCUCUACCACUUCAGCUGGAAGGCUAUUCCAUGCAUCCACUACCCUCUCAGUAAAGUAAUACUUCCUGAUAUCAUUUUUAAACCUUUGCCCCUCUAAUUUAAGACUAUGUCCUCUUGUUGUGGUAGUUUUUCUUCUUUUAAAUAUAGUCUCCUCCUUUACUGUGUUGAUUCCCUUUAUAUAUUUAAAUGUUUCUAUCAUGUCAACCCUUUGUACAACAAAAAUAAAUGAAAAAUUUAAAUGACUGAAUGCAUGACCCUCUCAAAAGGAACAAUACAGUCAAAUAUUUAAUAAACUUUAAUCUUCUAGAUAUUCAGCAUUUUUAGAACAAUUAUGAUGGGCCUAUUUACAGAAUCUUAUCGACCAAAAACAAGUGUCAUGUAUCUGAUGGAGAUGGUGUUGGAGGAAAACUCAAAGGAUGCAGCUAUAAGAAAACACAUACUCUAUGCUAAUCUCUCUCUAAUUUAUGCUUUCAUCUUUCAAGUAAAUACAUAACCUCUAACAGCAGUGUCCAGUGAAGCAGGAAGUCAAUGGGAGGGGUAAAAAGGUGUGCCACUGACGCGAAUCACGAGACCAGAACUGCCAAAAGGGGUGGGCAUGUCUGUCCAAAGAAUUGGAAGGCCAGCCUGGCAUCAGUGUCCCUAUGUCGCCCAAUCCCUCAGUGUCCUUAUGUCUCCCUCUGUCCCCAUGUCUGUGUUUCCCAUGUCACUAGGAUACAAGGGGACAUUGAGACACUUGGGGACACUGGGAGACAUGGGGGCACUGGGAGACAUGAGGACACAGACAUUUAGGGGCACUGGGAGACAUGGGGACACAGACAUUUAGGGGCACUGGGAGAAAUGGGGACACUGGGAGACAUGGGGACACUAAAAACACUAGGGACACUGGCUGGGAGGCAUGGGGACACAGACACUUGGGGACACUGGGAGACAUGGGGACACUGAGAGACAUAGGGACACUGGCAGGGAGACAUGGGGACACUGAGAGACAUAGGGACACUGGCAGGGAGAUGGGGACACUGGGAGACAAUGUCCCUAUGUCUGCCUUUCCCCUCAUCCAUCACUUCCCUGAGCUAUAGGCUGUCUCUGCAGGCUGCGAGCUGCUGUCUGGACUCUCUGUGCUGUGUAGCUGCUCCCCUGCGGAUCAGUGAGUAAUGGAGAGAGGCAGGGAGAGAGAUGCUGUUACUUCCUAUCCCUGCCUCUCUCCAUACACAGUGACCCCUACUGGCUGGUGCUGCGUAUUUCAGCGUAAUCUCCAUUUAUAUCUGCAUUUGUAUUUCUGCAAUACCGGCAUGGCCAGGCAGCCUCAAAUACUGGCUGUGCUGGAAAAAUACCAGUCAGGUGGCGAGGGAGAGAGAGAAUCUAUUAUUAUUAUUUUUUUUUUAAUGGGCCUGGAGCUUCAGCUCCAUCAGCCCCUAUGUUAAUCCGGCCCUGUACAUCGUUAACCAUGAACUGGUAAAUCUAUGAAAACCUUAUAACACUUUGGAUUCCAGGGGUUUUGGCCAUAUCUCUGCCACACACGUUUCACCCACACAGUUAAACAUCCAUGGCAUUUAACAGGUUAACAGUCUCACUGUCCUGAGCAAUGUGAUUUGCAUGUGUUUGGGUGAGUCACUCCACCCCUGACUCAUUGACAUCUGUUUUAAACUGUCUGCAGGACAAAAUCUGUACUCACAGGCUACACGAGCAAUUCAUAAAGAAAACAAUGUUAGAAUGUCUUGACAUUUGUGGAUGGAAUUUCACUAACAUUUUUACUAUUCUCAGUGGUUAAAAGACAUAUUGUCUGCUAAGAAAUUACAAUGGCUGCCUAAAAUAAUCCCACAUGUAUUUGAAAAGUUGCAGAAAUCAUCUUGAGGCUUUAAUGAUGAGAAGCGGGAAAAUCCCUCGGAUAUCACGGCCGUCCGGACAGAACGUGAUACAGUUGUAAAAUAAUGAAAGUUUAUUGCAUGUGUAUUAAAAUAAGCAGCAGGAUUGGCGUUGUAGACACUCCGAGAAGCAUCAUGUUUACCAAAUUAGGGAACAGGUGGAUUGGUCAGUGGAUGUCACACACUUUACCUCAGGAAAUGGUUUAUAAAUCCUAUGUCCCUGUGGCUUUAAAACUUCCCUCUCUUACGUUGCAUACCUACAGCCACGUUGAACAUGUGUUUUUAGAAAAACUAGUUCGGCUGUUGCAGAAUAACACUGGCUGUGUCCUGGCUCGGCUCCUUGUGCGUGUGAUUACUAAGAAAUCAGCCACACAAACCUACUCUCUCUAUGGGAACUAUACCUUCAAUGUACAGUUUAAGCCACACAACAAUUCCUUUUAAAGGGACACUAUAGUUACCAAAACAAUUUUAGCUUAAUGAAGCAGUUUUGGUGUAUAGAUCAUGCCACUGCAGUCUCACUACUCAAUCCUCUGCCGUUUAGGAGUUAAAUCACUUUGUUUAUGAACCAUAGUCACACCUCCCUGCAUGUGACUUGCACAGCCCUCAUAAACACUUCCUGGAGUCAUCUAAUUUUUAUCCUUCCUUUAUUGCAAGUUCUGUUUAAUUUAGAUUUCCUUAUCCCCUGCUAUGUUAAUAGCUUUUUAGACCCUGCAAGAGCCCCCUGUAUGUGAUUAAAGUUAUAUUUACAGAGAAAGAGAUACAAUUGUUUAAGGUAAAUUACAUCUGAUUGAAAGUGAAACCAGUUUUUUUUUCUUUUUUUUUCAUGCAGGCUCUGUCAAUCAUAGCCAGGGGAGGUGUGGCUAGGGCUGCAUAAACAGAAACAAAGUGAUUUAACUCCUAAAUGGCAGUGAAUUGAGCAGUGAAACCUGAGAGGCAUAAUCUAUACACUAAAACUGCUUCAUUAAGCUAAAGUUGUUUUGGUGACUAUAGUGUCCCCUUAUAAAAAAUCUAUAAGGGGGCCCUUUAAAAAAAAAAAAAAAAAAGAGAGAGAAUAAAACUAGCAGUAACUGUGGCCAAAGUACAGCUUAAGCAGUAUCCCCAUUCAUAUUGUGCCUUAAAUGGAACUGCUGUGUAGUGCUGAACUACCUUUGCUGAUCAGAGGUCUAAGGGCUGCUCAGUGACAGCUACUUCCCAAUUUCAGUCGAGCUCAGUGCUGUAAGAUGAGUAUUUGCAGCAAAUGCACAAACCUCGAAGGUGUGUGUGCGCUUUUCCGUGGUUUUUGUUUUUUUAUCUAUAUAUUUUUUUAUAAUGCAUGAUAUUAUAAUGCAAUAAGCGUUGAGGGCUUUGAAAAACACUUUAAAAGGAACACUACAAUCAAAAUGCCUUUAAAAAAAAAACAAAAAAACCCACAACAUUUAUUCUAACUUUUCAGUCUUCUAAAUUCUGUUAUUGACAUUUUAUAAAGCGCCAACUAAUUCUGUGUCAUACAGUUUUUAACUUUGGAAUAUCAAAUAUAGAUGGCUUGUAACUUUGUAUUUCAGAGGUUGGAAAGCAAAGUGUGCUAUAUUGCAUUAACCUUUUGUGGUGCUUCUUUUAAAGAAAUCUUAAUGUAGUGGUUAUGGUGCAUUAAUCUUAUACCUUUUUGCAUAAAAUGUAAAACAUUGCAGUUUCUGAGCAAUAUGUUUACAUUUUGGUCAAAAAACAAAUCCCUCUAGUGGAUGUCAGACUAAUGGUCGCUAUAGAGGAAUAUUGAAUAUUUUAAGACCAUUAAAAAGGUCGUCGUGCACAGCACGCACUGAAAGAGGAGUGAUUUUGGUGGAAUUACAAAAUAGCUGUAGGUCACCAAUGCUUCACAGAACUGGAAUAUGUGUGCGUGCAUGACCCUAAAUGAAAUUAAAAAAUAUAUAUAUUUUACUCCCCUUUUUUUCCCAGCACCAAUACUCCUUCCGUUUAGCUGCCCUCUCCGCCUUUUGUGAUAUUGUCCUACCGACAGUCUCCUCUUUGUCUUCUCAUCCAAUCUAAUGCUUCUCCUAAGGAAGCUACAGUCCUGUGCUUCCCUACGAUAAGCAUUUCUGGACGUUCAAGGUUCUCCUGCAACGUGUGAGGAUGUCGAACGUUGUUUCACUUAAAAUAUAGCAUGUCUGAAUUAAAAAAACGACCAAAGUAAACCUGUCUUUGUAAUAAUACUUGUUGUGACAGACCGCCCUGUCACUGGAAUACUGUGUUUGCUUAUUAUUCCAUGUUUUGUAAAAACUGUGUUCACAUACUUUUUCCCUGUUUUUGGUUUUAUACAUCCUGAAAGAACGCUGCACACGGAUUAGGCGAACGCUGUUGGCAUACCAGCUCAAGCCUACGUUCGGUAGUUUCUACGUUUUCGUACUCCCUAAAGAGACCGACCGCCACCGCCUUUUUCCUGGAACUAUUUUGGGCAGGCGCUGUGGUGCUUUUCGGAUAUGUUGUGCGCUUAGAUCCAGGCUGUCUGGAAAUAUAAGACUUGAGGGGAUAUAUGUUUAUUAUGUCCGUUAUGGAGUGUUAUAAAAAUUGUGGAUUUUUCUGUACCUGAGAGAUAAUUUAAUUGUAGGCUUUUUCCCAGACAAUUAUCUUUCAGGCACGUUGUUUGUGUUGGAAACCCCAUGUAGUGGUCUUUGCGUAAAAGGCCGUGUGGCCACUAAUAAGGUCAGUUCACUCCCAGCAUUCAGUCUCUACCAAUGUCUGUGGAGGAAAGCUAUACCUGCUCUGGAUUAUACUACUUGGGAAAUGUUAUUUCCUGGCUAAUCAUGGCAGCAUUUAACAUAUGGGUUUAGCUCCUCCCUCUAACCCUCAGGACAGGAAACACAAUCAAUUAAACAAUUAAGCAUACCUUCCCCUUGUAUAAUAGGAACCCCAUCAGCCAUCACACCUCAGUCUUUUUUUCCUGUCCUCAUAGCCCUAGGACAGUUGUUAAUUUUUUUUUUCUCCCUGAAUUUUAAAGGGUAAAGUUUUUCUUUAUGCUCACCUGAUCAUGCUGCUAUGAUCUUCACCCUGUGGAGGUCAGCCUCCCUCCACAGGAAGCCCAGGCACAUGUAGCCCUUUCUCUCCUCGAGCAGGGAACCCCUGGGAACCAUGGUGGGUAGUCCCCCUGGCAUCUGGAGCCUGAGUUUGCAGGAUAAAGCCUCCAGACCUCGAUCAGACGAUCAUCUAUCCGGUAAGACGCCCGCGCAUGCGCAAUGGCCACGACCGGAUUUUCGGCAUGUUUGCCCUCAUCCAAAAUGGCGGAUCCGCGGACUUGCCGCCAAUCGGCGCAUGCGCGCCUCCUUAAAGGCACAGAGCGGGAAAUUUGAAAAUGGCGGUAUUUCUUCAAAAAAGCUGGCGUUUUCAGUUCCCUCUGUUAUUCAGUGCUCUCUGGUGCCAUAUUCUGUCUCUGCAGGUAUGUUUUAAGUUAUUCUUCUAUAAUAUAUGAGGAUGUUCAGGUUUUUGCUGCAUAAAGUUCAUGGUGAUUUUUUUUUUUUAUGCAGCCCUUAUAUAAAUAUAAAAAUGGAUCCUGCAUCUCCAUCAGCUAAAUCAACAAGAUCUACUAUAGGUCAUAGGUGAGCAUUAAGGUAUAUUCUAUUUUUCUACAUUAAAAAAGAGUGCAUGGAGGGUACAGUCAUAUGACUUCUGUGUUUUACAGUCCUCAAGACCGGUCUGGCCCUAGAUCUCCAUCUAAGAGGAGGGAUAAACCGGCGGCCUGCCCUGGAUGUGGCGCAAGGCCUUUGGAUAACUGCAGGUUAUGCCGCAAAUGUUUAUCCAUGAUUGCAGGAGAGUCGGAACAUUGCAGGUCUCCUCAAGCCUCUACGUCCUCAUCUCAGGAUAUAGCUUAUUGGAUUAAGCAAGCAGUGGCGGAAGGGAUUUCAGAAUCCAAUAGAGGCAAAAGACCCAGGCGUGAGAGCUUUGGCCAAGAAUCCGACCUAUCUGAAGAUGACUUCAGACAUCCUGCUGGUUCCUUGGAUUUGGAGCUUAUCUCUUCUAGUGAGGAAGAGUCCACGGAACAACCGUGUUCAUUGGACACAAAGGCGAUGGAGCAUCUAAUCAAGGCAGUGAGAAAGACUCUAGAUUUGCCAGAAGAAGUCAGGGAAGUUUCUACUUCUGAUAGACACUUCGGAGAUCUCCAUAAGAGGAAACCUUCCUUUCCAGUGCACAGAUCCAUUAAGGAACUGAUUCGUUCAGAAUGGAAUACUCCUGGUAAAAGGAUUACAAGUCAGGGUAGAUUAUCAAAAUUGUACCCGAUUAAGGAGGAGGAUUCAAGAAUGUGGACAGCGAUCCCUAAAGUGGAUGCUCCAAUUAUUAAGGUGGCAAAAAGAUCAACUCUUCCGAUUGAUAGUAAUGCUUCUCUCAAAGAACCCAUGGAUAAGAGAAUUGACGCAGAUCUUUCUAAGGUCUUCACUACAGCAGGCUUGGGUUGUCAUCCAGCAGUCUCUAUCUCUGCUUUGUCCAGAGCAUUACGUUCAUGGAUUCUUGAUUUGGAAGAGGAUAUUGAGAGAGGUGUGAGUAGACGUCGCAUGACGGACUCCUUGAAGGAGAUCAAACUGGCCAGUGAUUGGCUGUUGGAAUCCUCCACAGAUCUUAUCAGGAUUUUUUCCAAGGUUAUGGCUCAUUCGGUUACUGCCAGAAGGGCUCUUUGGUUGAGAUCCUGGGGAGCUGACCUAUCUUCCAAGAAUAAUUUGUGUACCUUGCCAUUUCUGGGAGAGGUGCUUUUUGGCAGACCACUUGAGGAGGUGAUUAAAAGAGCGGCUGAGGUCAAGCAAAUCUUGCUUCCACAGGACAGGCGUCCAAAAAGACCACAACAGGACCAUCGUCCUUACAGGCCACAGGGAGGAUAUAGAGAUAGUAAAACCUAUCGUCCAGGCAGAGAAUAUGCUCGGCUCUCCAAUUGGAAGAGUGGUCAAACCGGGAAAUCUUCCAGACCAAAGGCUCAAAAUUCCUCCUUUCGCCCCACCAGACAGUUCUGAAGGUGGCUUAUACCAGGUUCCCCAUGUAGGAGCACGCCUUUCGUUCUUCUGGAGGACCUGGAGUGUGAUUCCAGAUGCUUGGGUGAAUUCCGUAAUCACCGCAGGAUAUUCUCUGGAGUUCGAAGAUAUUUCCCCUCCACCAAGAUUCAUCAGAACAAGACUCCCUGUCGACAGACAAAAAAGAGAAGUCUUGACCCAUUAUGUUGCCAAUCUUUUUCUGGAAAGGGUCAUUGUCCCGGUUCCUGUGAAAGAAAGGUUCCAAGGGUUCUAUUCUCCCCUGUUCUUAGUAAAGAAACCAGGAGGAAAGUGGAGACCUAUUCUAGACCUACACCAGCUCAACAUCUUCUUAAGGAUAAGAAAGUUUCGUAUGGAAUCCAUCCGUUCCAUCAUUCCAGUGAUUCACCACAGAGACUGGUUAAUCUCAAUAGACCUAAAAGAUGCCUACUUCCAUGUUCCGGUCACAGAAAGACAUCAGAAGUUUCUUCGAUGCUGUGUAAAAGGGGAGCACUUCCAGUUUCAGGCUCUUCCCUUUGGGAUAAGUACGGCCCCGAGAACCUUCUCAAAGAUACUGGUCACGGUAAUUGCUUUCCUGAGGAAGAUGGAUGUAGCAAUUUACCACUACCUCGACGACAUUCUGGUAGUGGCCUCAGACUUCGAGAUGUUACUCCAACACAGACAUCUAGUACUCGAGACUCUCUCUCGGUUUGGGUGGCUAAUCAACCACGAGAAGAGUCAUUUAAAACCUUCAAGGGAGCUGGUGUUCUUAGGAGCAUGCUUCAAUACCCUCAAUGCGAUGGUAUCUCUCGCCCAAGAAAGAAAAUUGAAGCUGCAGGAUCGGAUGCAGGUUUUUCUUCAGAAGACUUCUGCUUCCGCAAGGGAGUUUAUGAAACUCCUGGGUACCCUGACCUCUACUAUAGACCUGGUCAGAUGGGCGCAUUGGAAUCUUCGUCCUCUUCAGCAGCAUCUCCUGAAAAACUUCAAAUCCAGCUCAGACGACUGGGAGAAGCAGAUCCACAUUCCUCUCAGCCUGAAAAGGAAGCUUCAUUGGUGGAUGAAAGAAGAAAACAUCUCCAGAGGUUUUCCUUUGAAGGAGGUCGACUGGGUAGUCAUCACGACAGAUGCCAGUCAGUUCGGUUGGGGUGCUCAUCUGGGAAAUUCCUUUGUCCAAGCAGAAUGGACUCAGAAUGCUCAGCACCUGCCUUCAAAUAUAAGGGAAUUGAGAGCAACGUUUCUGGCUCUUCUUCAUUUUCGGCAUCUGAUCAAAAGAGCCUGGGUGAAGUUGAGAGUGGACAACAGAGCGGCUGCCGCCUAUAUCAACCAUCAAGGCGGCACCAGGAGUGUUUCACUGAUGAAAGAAGUAUCAGCAAUCAUGACCUGGGCACAAAUACAUGUGGAAGGUCUACGUGCGGUCUAUCUUCCAGGAAAGGAGAAUGUCUUGGCGGACUUCCUCAGCAGACACCUGGUAGAAGCCACGGAAUGGCACCUGUCAAGGACGGUGUUUCAGCAAUUGGUCCAGAGGUGGGGUCUUCCCCAAGUGGAUCUCAUGGCUACAGCUCAGAACACUCAAGUUCCUUGUUUUGUUUCAAGGAGAUUCCAUCCGAGGGCGCUGGAUCAAGAUGCUCUUUCAAUCAAAUGGCACUUUCAUCUGGUAUAUGUCUUUCCCCCAGUUCCUCUCAUUCAAGCUGUUCUGAGGAAGAUUUCCAGAGAACGUUGCAGGGUGAUUGCAGUGAUCCCCUUCUGGCCAAGACGCCCUUGGUUUCCUCUUCUGAGGAGGUUGGCAUUGGAGGAUCCUUGGGAGAUUCCAGUCUCGGAGAAUCUGCUGACACAAGGCCCGGUGGUUCAUCCAGAACCUUACAAGCUCAGGCUUCAUGCUUGGCUUCUGAAAGGCAAUCCCUGAAGAAACGGGGCUUAUCAGAACAGGUGGUGGCUACCCUUUUAUGUUCCAGGAAGAUCUCCACUUCAUCUACUUACCACAGAAUAUGGGAAGCCUUUGCGGUCUGGUUAAAUUCUUCUAUACAGAACAUGGGUACUCCUACAGUCUCUCAAGUUUUAGGUUUUCUACAAGUGGGCCUGGAGAAGGGUCUUAGUCUUAACACCCUGAAAGUUCACUGUUCAGCUAUCUCGGCUCUCUCUGGCAUUCGAUGGGCACUUCAUCCUAUGGUGGUUCGUUUUUUCAAGGCCGUUGUACGGAUUAGACCUCCUAUCAGACAACUGGCGUCUCCUUGGAAUUUGCCUCUGGUACUGCAGGCCCUAACGGAGUCUCCCUUCGAACCUAUUGGGAGCAUACAUUUGCAGAUCCUUUCUCAGAAGACUCUAUUAUUACUGGCUCCAGUCUCUGCCAGAAGAAUGUCUGACAUCAGAGCUUUAUCAGCCGAGGAACCUUACACUUCAUUCUUUGAUGAUAGGGUCGUUCUCCGACCGAGGCCUGAAUUUCUUCCCAAGGUUGUUACAUCUUUCCAUCUCAAUCAGGAAAUUAUCUUGCCUGCCUAUUUUCAGCAUCCUUCUACCCCUGAGGAAUCAAGGUGUCAUAUGCUGGAUCUUCGUAGAUGUUUACUGAUGUAUAUAGAACGCUCUGCUGCUUGGAGGAAAUCCUCUCAAUUAUUCAUUAUACCUUGGGGUUCUCGCAAAGGUGAAGCCGCCUCAGUCUCCACUCUUCGUUCCUGGACGGUUUCGGCUAUCUCCAAGGCUUAUGGAGCGUGUGGUGUUCCUGUUCCGAAAAACAUCAGGGCUCAUUCCACAAGAUCUAUCGCUACUUCAUGGGCUGCAGAGUCAGGAGUUCCUGCAGAGAGCAUCUGUAAGGCUGCCAAUUGGUCUUCUCUAAAGACCUUUGUAAAUCACUACAAAGUGGAUAUUGCUUCCCGCUCGGAUUCGGAGUUUGGCCUGUCGGUCCUGAACUCCUUUAAUCCUCAUAGAUGAUCUCUAUAUUAAACUAUUUUUGUAGCAUGCAUUUCCCUCCCUGUGUUGUUAUUGCUUGGGGAAUCCCAUAUGUUAAAUGCUGCCAUGAUUAGCCAGGAAUAGGGAAAAUUUAUUCAUACUUACCGUAAUUUUCUUUUCCUGGCUAUUAUUCAUGGCAGCAUUUGGUUUCCCACCCUCUAUUGGAUAUGCUUCUUGUUACUUGACUGAGGUGUGAUGGCUGAUGGGGUUCCUAUUAUACAAGGGGAAGGUAUGCUUAAUUGUUUAAUUGAUUGUGUUUCCUGUCCUGAGGGUUAGAGGGAGGAGCUAAACCCAUAUGUUAAAUGCUGCCAUGAAUAAUAGCCAGGAAAAGAAAAUUACGGUAAGUAUGAAUAAAUUUUCCCUAUUCUGCCUUACUAAUACGAUUGGAAUUACUGCAGCAAAGUUCCAGGGAGAGGGAAAAAGACGUCCUUGGCGGCGAAACCCGUGUUCCUAUCCGGGUGGCCGCCACACUUGUGAAAUGUGGUGUGUUUUUAUUUUCCACUUUAAAAAAAAUGUGUUUUUGUUUUGGUUUUGUCUUUUAGAAUUAAGGCGAUCGAGAGCCCAAAUAAAGACGACGACACACAAUGGCUGACUUAUUGGGUAGUCUACGGGAUCUUCAGCAUCAUUGAAUUCUUCUCUGAUAUAUUUCUGUCCUGGUUCCCUUUUUACUACAUGAUAAAGGUCAGUCCCUAUGGUUUUUGUAAAGGGCAUCUCAUGCUGUGUCUAUCCAGUAGGGAUGUGGCAAUGGUUGGGGAUUCAAAGCGAGGGAUUUUGGGGUACUGUGCAGCCUAAAAGGCAUUCUGGGACAAAGCUUAGUUUACUGCACUCUAUUGUAAUUUAAAAUGGCACUUAAAUACCUAAAUAAACCAUAACAGCUAAACAUAUAGAAGGUAUUAGAGGGGGGUUUCCAAAAAGGAUAUUGCUUUAUACAGCACUUAUAUUUUUAUUUUUUUACCCAGUUUACUCCCACACACACACACACAUUGUCUUUUAUUAUAUUUUUAUUUAAAUAAAUUUAUUUUUUCUUUUUAAAAAAACACAUUUUAGAAUUUUAGUUUGGUCUCUGUUAAAAUUAGAAUUAUUUUUAAAUGUAGUUUUUGUUUUUGAUCUACAUUGACACCUUGUUCCGCCUCCCAUCCGAGGGUAAUUUCACUAGAGUUUCCUUGUAUGUGGGAACCUGCUGCCACAUCCCUCGGCAAAUGUGUAUUAAUAGUAAAACUGGGCGCAGUAACAGCUGGGUGUGAGCAGUUGCCUUAUUAUGAAGUACUUUCUGUUUGCUUAAAUCAGUUCCAGGAUCCUUGUGUUGGCAUUGCUUGGCAUGGUCACUUCUUCAUACAAUAUGCCCAUGAAAUAAAUGCUUUUAAUGGAGCUUGUAGUCAUCUGUAGGGAAAUACAUUUUUUUAUUUUUAUUUUGCCAUUGCGGUAUAUAUCACUCUGGCGGAAAAACACGUGCUCUGACGUUUAUUAUAGCCACCUUUCUAAAAAAAACACGUGCUCUGACAUUUAUUAUAGCCACCUUUCUAAAAAAACACGGGCUCUGACAUUUAUUAUAGCCACCUUUCUAAAAAAACACGUGCUCUGACGUUUAUUAUAGCCACCUUUCUAAAAAAAACACGUGUGCUGACGUUUAUUAUAGCCACCUUUCUCGGUCCCGAUGUUCUGAUACUUUUCCUUCUAUUUCUAUAUUGCCAAAUGGCUCUGAUGUCCUUAAUCAGUCCUCCGCUAGAUCUUCAGUCUUGUCUUAAUGCUUAAUUGAGUAUUUUCUUUUUCUUUAAAAUGUUCCUUAUGUGACCCUCUAUGUCCAAUUUUCCUUCCUGCUUUUAAUUUUAUUUCUGCUCUGUAUCCUUCUAUUCCUUAUCCUUCACCCAAUCUCUCAUUUUCUCCUUCACCCAAUCUCCGAUCCUGCUUUUUUUUUUUUUAAAUCUUCAUAAAUCUGAAGCCUUACUCUAUUAACCGGUCGGAAACAAUGCCAUCUCUCUGCCAGUCGGACAUGAGAUGGCCGUUUUUCUAGAACGGCAGCCUGCUGCUGAUUUAAUGUGGUAUCUAGACGUUUGUUGUCAUACGGCUGCUCGUAUUACAUAUAAACGUGGGCUAUUCGUUAUGUUGACACAUCUGUAGUUGUGGUAUCGUUGCUAGGUGAGGCUUCCUCUCUAAACACCGCACUGGACCACAAACUGGGCAUCCUGCCAAUAACUUGCAUUGCAAAACUAACUUGACUGAUACCAAGGAGUUUCCUUUAAACUUGGUAUUCUGAUUUAAGUAAGGGAUUGUCUACUUUGCCCAAUUUCGUGCCUUUUAAAGGGACACUACUAACCUACUAAACUAGCUUUAAAGUACGACUCGAGUUACCCCGGCCACUUUAUCUCAGUGGCAUUGCCUGGGUGCUGUAGUCCUGUAGGUUAAUGCCUGCAAUGUAAAACAUUAGAUUUAUUUUUUUUUUUAUAGAAUUUGCAAUGUUUACAUUGUCGGGUUAAACCUGCCUCCAGUGGUCGUUAUACUGACUGCUAAAGGCACUUCCUGCUGCAGUAACAGAGCAAAACACGGUCACAUGACUGCAGCCUCCAUGUUUGUAUUCCUAAAGCGCUAGUGUUUUAUUGAAUUUCAUUUACUUUAAAUCUGACUCUCCCGGCCCCCAAAGCUCGUCCUCUCUGCACCCUCUGGGAUAAUGAGGAAGGUUCCAACAUUUUGUGUGCUAAUCUAAGUUUGGAUGACCGUGAUACACUGUGAGUGUUGUAGGUGACUUAACACCAAACACACAGCCUUACAAGGCUUUGGUUGCUGGAAGAGCCUGGUUUUAUUUUAUUAGAUUGCUCUAACAAUCAUUGUGCUGCAGAUUUUAUGGUGCUUAGACUGUCCCUUUAAGAAUGCUGUUUCCAUUUUUUUUUUUUUUUAAGACCUGUCAAGGAAUUCUCACUGCUUGCGCACAGUUUAUUCCUUACGUUGGUGAUCUCCCGUGUAACAAAUUGCAUCACAAUCUAGUUCAGUGCAGGCACAGCCAGGGCACAGAUUGUAAAUUAAGAGGAGAACUGGAAACAUUGUUUCAUUAGUCUCUUCUCUGCAUGCUCUCUCUAUGCUGACUGCCGACAGGGCGCUAAGCUGGAGGGUACAGAGGUGUGGAUUUCUGCAUGUGAACUUCAACAGUAAAGACAGAGUAGCUGGACUGACCGCACAACUGAUUCUGUCUGUCUCCACCCCCAACCCCCACCUUUUAAUCUAAGAAUUGUAGCAAAUUGAUUUGGGGAUAGCAGAUUGUUAUGCCAAAAUAGCGGAGUUGUACAUUUAUUAUUUUUUUUCAAUUCUCCAUAAUUCCUGAUUUAUUGAGAACCUCCUCCCUCGUGGAAUAUGACAGAAUGUGAUUCUUGAUAACUAUAUUAUUUCUGCAGAAACCGGUGAUCUCUCUGAUUAUGCGGCCAGUGUGUGGGGCAAUGACUCAAUUUGCUUUUCUUCUUCUUUUUGUACAGUGUGGUUUUCUGCUCUGGUGUAUGGCUCCCAGCCCCUCCAACGGAGCCGAACUGAUCUACCACAAGAUCGUCCGCCCAUUCUUCUUAAAACACGAGGGAGAGAUGGAUCGUGUAGUGAAAGAUCUUAAAGACAAAGCAUCUGAAACUGCUGGCACCAUUGGCAAAGAAGGUAAUUUCUGCCAUCCCAACCUCCCUUCCUCCCUCCCACUUCUAUGAAAAGUAAAAAGAACUUGCAUGAAGAUUACGGACAAGAGUUUUGGUGCAACAUUGCCCACAUGCCCAUUUUACGACCUACACGGUAAAAGUGGGUACGGUGGGAAGUAGGCUGUAUUGUCAACACCUGAAAAAAUGUGAUUUUAGGCAAAUCCCUAAUCUGCUUUUUAAAAUUGCUAGACAUUAACUGGCUGUUACCCAUUGAUAUAAGAACCAAUAAAUAAAAGGACUGUUCAGUAAUCCUAAAGCAAGCUGCAUUGUAUAUCGAUACGAGGAAGAUUCCAAGAGACAGGUUUAGAAAAGUGGAAUAAAAUUCUAAGAAUGAUACCAUCACCAUGGGAGCCAAGGUAUCGCUCUUACUGAUUCUAAUGAUUUCCGUGGUGACUGCCCAACAUUGAGAAUUAAAAAAAGAAAAUAUUUUGUAAUCUAGAAAAGGGUUUAUUGAAGGCCCGUGUGUUCUGUGCGUAUAUAAACAAACACCUGUUUUGUUUUUUUUCUUCUUCAUGCAGUUAAAAAAGCGGCUGUGAACAUGCUGGGUGAUGAGAAGAAAAGCAGUUAAACACGCUUAGUGAAAGAAACCCCUUAUAAGCGUUUAACGUUUUGUAGGGGAUGGUCCUCCGAGUCGUCCUUCCCCUGUCACAGCGGCCUGAUACACAUUGAGGAGCAUUGACUGAAAAAUGCUUUAUUUCAAACCCCGCUGCAUUAUGGGGGAUUAAUAUUGUUGCCUUGGAAACCUGUUUUUUUGAUAUGAAGAGAGAAUGUGUUGAGGCUGUUAUCUAUUUUUGCUGUUGUCUGUAGAGGGGUGGGCGGAGGGGGGGACAUUUUUAUUUAAGAGCAGUCAGCAGAGUCCAAAGCGUAUUUGACACUUUGUAAUCUGUGUGUGAAUCCCUUUUCCAGCGUUUCGUCUUGUACUGCAAUAUGUAGACCUGGUUUAAAAUGAAGUAAAUCUGUUUGUCGCCUCCUGUAGCCCAGUUU